GUGUACCUAAUGUAGUGUCCGGUCCGAGACUUGUUUGUUUUUCCAACAGAUCACGCUGCCAUGAUGAGUUCAGGGGUCAAAGUCGGGCGCGGGAGAGUCCAGCACUCCGCCCAUUUCCAAGCGCCGCUGUGAGCGAACGACAGCACAAAAACACAAGUCUCUCCCUUCGUCUUGAGUGCAAAGCUGGUAAGAAAGCGUCGACGGUUCUUCUUGUCGCGUCAUUUUCACUUGCACUAUUUGAAGCCACAAAAGAAAGCCAAGUUGACUCAAGUUUGCUACGUUCACUUGCAGUCUCUACCGUUGGAGAUUCCAGCAGCCUUAUUCGGGAGUUUUUUUUUUAAAUUGUUUGAAGCGAUUUGCCUCUGAAGCUUGCUACUGACGUUUGCAAAGGCUUCAGCAUGCCUCGUCGUGUGGCUGUGAUUGGAGGAGGAAGCUCUGGCCUGGCCUGCAUCAAGUGUUGCCUGGAUGAAGGUCUUGAGCCCGUCUGUUUCGAGAGCAGCGAUGACAUCGGGGGACUGUGGAGAUUCAAGGAGAACCCCGAGCCGGACCGGGCCAGCAUCUACCACUCCGUCAUCAUCAAUACUUCCAAGGAGAUGAUGUGCUUCAGCGACUUCCCCAUCCCGGCCCACUUCCCCAACUACAUGCACAACACGCUCAUCAUGGAUUAUUUCCGCAUGUACGCUGACCAUUUCAACCUUCGCAAGCACAUACGCUUCAACACCAAAGUCUUACGGGUGAAGCAAAGGCCUGAUUUUUCCCGUUCUGGCCAAUGGGACGUGGAGACGGAGAACCAGGAAGGCAAAAAAAGUAAACACAUCUUUGAUGCUGUGAUGGUGUGCAUUGGACACCAUUGUCAUCCCAACCUGCCUCUCCAGGAUUUCCCAGGCUUGGAUACGUUCCCGGGAAAAUACUUCCACAGUCGUGACUAUAAGACGCCCGAGGAAUGGCGGAACAAGAAGGUGGUAGUGGUUGGCAUCGGGAACUCGGGAGGCGACAUAGCUGUGGAGCUCAGCAGGGUCACCAAGCAGCUUUACUUGAGCACCCGGAGGGGAGCUUGGGUUCUGAAUAGAGUCGGGCACAACGGCGUGCCCCUGGAUUUGGCCAUCAACAGGGCGAUUUUGCUGAUCCGGAAGCUGCUUCCCUUUGGACUGGCCUGCAGCCUAGGAGAGAACCGACUCAACCAGAGGUUUAAUCACAGCCUGUACAGCUUAAAGCCCAAGCACAGGCUGUUCAGCCAGCAUCCCACCGUGAACGACGAGCUCCCCAACCGCAUCCUGUCGGGGACGGUGCAAGUGAAGCCCAACAUUUGCCGAUUUGAAGGCUCCACGGUGGAGUUUGACGACGGCAGCGUGGUGGAGGACGUUGACCUGGUGGUUUUUGCCACCGGCUACAAGUUUUCUUUCCCCUUCCUGGCCCCGCACGUGACCACCGUGUCGGACAACAAGGCGGCUUUAUACAAGUACGUGUUCCCCCCGGAGCUGGAGCGCCAUACCUUGGCCGUCAUUGGACUGGUGCAGCCACUGGGGGCCAUCAUGCCCAUCUCUGAGAUGCAGGCCAGGUGGGCCACCAGGGUCUUCAAAGGUUGCAUCAAGCUCCCUCUAGUGGCUGACAUGCUGGAUGACAUCAAAUAUAAGCAGGAAACCAUGGCUGACAGGUACGUGUGCAGUCAAAGACACACCAUCCAAGUGGACUAUUCGAGCUACAUGGAUGAAAUAGCCGCACUGGUGGGCGUGUGGCCCAAUAUCUCUCGACUGAUGCUGACCGACCCGAAGCUUGGCCUCAGCUUGCUCUUCGGCCCCAUCAGCCCGUUACAGUACCGUCUACGAGGGCCUGGCAAAUGGACCGGAGCCCGUCAGGCUAUACUGACACAGUGGGAUCGGGUAGUCAAGCCCAUGCAGACCCGACCGAGCGACCAACCCAAAUCCCAAAGCUCUCUGAAGUGGCCUCUCGUUGUGUUGUCGGCCAUGGGCCUGGCCGUGUAUGUGAAUAGAAGCAACCUGGCUGCUUUACUGCAAGACCCUGCUGAGUUUAUGGACUGGGUCAAGGUGCACCUGCCCACACUGGGCCACUGAAAUGAAUAUGCAUGAUGACACACAUUUAAAUCAUAAAAUUAAUGCACCAGGUAAAAUAGUAGAUCAUGUUUCGAUAAGACCUGUUUUAGUGUAGUAAAAUCAUAUCUACUGUGUUCUUUAUGAGAUUAUGCACGUGCAUAUGUUGAUGUUAUGACCACUAAUUUAUAUAAUUGCACCACAGGAGGGAACCAAUGUGCACCAGGAUUCACCAAAUAUAAUUGUGAAAAGGCAGCUAAUUAUAAUCAUCUGAAUUCCAGGUUACAAUGGGAAUAAAGUCAUAAAAUAAAUCUUAUCGCUCUUAA